AUGAAGUCCGCCAUCUUUCUCACCAUCGCUUCGGCGACUCUCAUUUCUGCUGCCCCAGCACCCGUCCACCUUACUGCGCGCGCGCCGCCCAACAUUCCCUCCGCCAGCCAAGCCCGCACUCAGCUCGCAGGACUGACUGUUGCUGCUCAGGGCCCGCAAGACGGCUACUCUCGCGACCUGUUCCCGCACUGGAUCACCCAAUCCGGAGCCUGCAACACGCGCGAAGAGGUGCUCAAGCGUGAUGGUACCAAUGUCGUAACCAACUCUGCGUGCGCAAGCACCAGUGGAAGCUGGGCCAGCCCUUACGAUGGUGCAACCUGGACCGAUGCAGCCGAUGUUGAUAUCGACCACAUGGUGCCGUUGAGCAAUGCUUGGAAGUCUGGCGCCGCAUCAUGGACCACUGCCCGUCGUCAGGCCUUUGCCAACGACCUGACCAACCCCCAACUCCUGGCUGUCACUGACAACGUCAACCAAGCCAAGGGCGACAAGGGCCCCGAGGACUGGAAGCCCCCGCUAACGAGCUACUACUGCACGUACUCGAGGAUGUGGAUCAAGGUCAAGAGCGUGUACGGCUUGACCAUUACGAGUGCGGAGAAGACUGCAUUGACAAGCAUGUUGGGAACGUGCUGA